AUGACCACGAGAGUCGUCAACCUUUCGAAGAGGAUUCUCUCACCUGCCGAAAUCAGCCUCCUGUCCAAGGGAAUAGGAUUUAAUCAUACGGAUGCCACGCCUACCAACUUCCUAGCUGGCCUCGAGUCAGUUCUACUGGCCUCAGCCCUUCCAGAAGACAGGCGCGCAGACAUACGCAGCUGUGCCACUGGUAUCCUUCGGCAAAAAAGACGCCAACAAACCCUACCGGCCGAUGAAGCACAAGGAUUACAAUCACUGAGAUCGGACCACAAUAUUGUUGUUGUUCCCGCUGACAAGGGUGGUGCUACUGUCGUCAUGGACAGAAUUGAAUACGUCAACAAAGCGAAUGGAAUCUUCAGUGACGUAGCGUCCUACACUCUUCUUGCCGAAGACCCGACGAAAAAGCAAGCCGCUGCCAUCAAGAAAAAGGUUAAUGAGCUCACUCGUCUGAAAGUUAUAAGUCCAGAUGAUUCCAAGCUGAUGACCCUCGGUGAUCCCCAUAUCGCACGCGCGUAUGGUCUCCCAAAAGUGCAUAAAGUGGACGCCCCACUGAGGAUUAUUGUACCACUCAUCGGAUCACCUACGUACAAUAUAGCUAAGUGGUUGUACAAGCACCUGAAGCAGUUAACCCAUGGAUCUGACUACAGCAUCAACAAUUCUCUCGCGUUCCUCCAAAGGAUCCAAGGACUCGAAGUAAGUGCCGAUGAAUGCCUCCUGUCCUUUGACGUCGUUGCCUUAUUUUCUUCCAUACCACACGAUUUGGCAAUUGACUGCGUAGCCCAACGCUUACAGGAGAAAUCUAUUGAGAUUCCAACUCAGCAUAUUAUAGAACUGCUCAAACUCUGCCUUAGAAACUACUGUCAAUUCAAUAAUAAGUUCUACCAACAGGUAAAGGGAACCCCAAUGGGCUCGCCAAUAUCUGGACUGCUCGCAGAACUUGCAUUGCAGAGACUAGAAAAGGAGGUUUUCCAAGAUCUCAGCCCCAAAGUGUGGCUUCGCUAUGUAGACGAUACAUUUGUCGUGAUAAAGAACUGCGAAAGUGAACGGCUGCAUCAGAGGCUGAAUGACGUCUUUCCGGCCAUACAGUUUACUCGUGAAGAGGCAAUAGGCGACAGCCUGCCGUUUCUUGAUGUGAAAAUACAAAGGCUGAACGAUGGUAGUCUCGCGACGAGCGUCCAUAGGAAAGGAUCUAAUUCCGAAAUUAUCCUCAAUUAUGGAAGCAACCACCCCGCAGCUCACAAAAGGAGCUGCGUUCGAACUCUGUUCCACCGGGCCUAUCGUUAUUGCAACAGCGACGAUCUCCUUAAGAAAGAGCUUGCCUACUUGUAUCGGUUGUUUCGAUCCAACGGAUAUCCGACAAGUUUCGUAAAGAACUGCCUCAGACACCAGGCACAACCGCAGGCUCCCACCCUCAACGGAGAAGCUGUGUCUCGACAAUUCUUCUCCCUGCCUUAUAUGCAAGGAGCGUCCGAAGUAAUCGCCCGACAGUUAAAUCGCUCUGGUAUUCGCAUCGCCCACAAACCAGCAUCCUCACUACGCGCGGCGCUAUCUCGAAUCAAGGAUCCCCUCCCCAAAGAGCAACAAACAAACGUAAUUUAUCGCAUCCCGUGCUCAAAUUGCUCUUGCGUGUAUGUUGGUCAUACAGGUCGAAGCCUGGGCACCCGUAUUAAUGAACACAAACUGGCUGUCCGUCGGCGAGACCCUCUGUCCCUCGUCUUUGCUCACGCACUCGAGUGCGACCACCGAUUCAAUUGGGAUGGCACUGAGGUCGUCGCCAUGGCUAACACAAAACGGGCGAGAGAAUUUCUCGAGGCUUGGUACUCCGAUGCUGGUAGUAUCAACCGCCAUGUUGACCUGGACGCCCAUUAUGAGGGCCUACGCUCACGACUUACUGCCCCCCGCCCUAAUGCCACAGCAACGGCCGCCAAUUUAGCCACCUGGAGUCCAAUUGAUCCACCAUUACACCCUCCCCCUCCAUCACAGGCAUCCAUAAUUGUUCCACCUCUCCCCUCGCUCAGAGACCUACCAUGA